AUGACAUCACAAUACACAAUGGGCAGUGAUUCUAAUAAUUCAUAUUUAACCAAUGACAAUAGUAUCAAUGAUAGACCAGAUAGUAAUAACAUACGAUUGGAUAGUAGCACAGCUUCUAGCAACGAUGGACUUUAUACGACUCGUUUAACAACUACAAUGAACACAAAUAAUAAUGACGUUUCACCCGCAAAUAAUAGCUCAAAUCCUUUACCUAUUCCUAAAAAAUCUAGAACCAUUAAGACCGAUAAGCCAAGGCCCUAUUUAUGUCAGAUUUGUACUCGUGGGUUUGUCAGACAAGAACAUUUAAGAAGACAUCAAAGAGCUCAUACCAAUGAAAAACCAUUUUUAUGUGUCUUUUGUGGCCGAUGUUUUGCAAGGAGGGAUUUGGUUUUAAGACAUCAACAUAAAUUACACCCUACUUUAAUUAGUAUGGAAUCCACUGAAGCAAAGAUUAAUAAUAUGAAUUUUUUAAAGACUCAAAAAAAUUUAAACCUAACUUCACUUGAUAUUGAUGAAGAAAGCUCUAAGCAUGAAGAUGAUAAUCAAAUCAGACAUGUUAUUAAAAUUAAUGGAAAUAAAGAAACGAUAUUACCAACACCGGCAAAUCCAAUGGCAAUGACACCUGCUCAAUUAAGAAAAGAAGCCAAACGUAAAGAAAAAUACUCAAAUAACGGAUCCACAUCAACAAAUAUAAAUUUUUCAACAAGUAGUGGCACGGGUGGCUCUACUACUACUUCCUCUACUGAUUCUAAUAAAGGAAUGAGCAAUAGUCCACAUAUUAUAAUGAAUUUGAAUUCCAAUAAUAUCCCUAUACCAGUUUUAAAUAAUUCAAUAUCUAAAAGUAUUACUACCGAUGAGAAAAGAAUAAGAGGAAUGAGUAGUGUGAAUACUACUAAUAAUAAUACUAAUAAUAAUACUAAUAAUAUUAAUAAUAAUAUUAAUGGGAAAAGGAAAAGGCAUGCCUCUUUUUCUGCAUCUAAUGCUUUCACUUAUUCAACAACUGAUUUAUCACAUUUAAUGGAUAAUAAUAAUAUAAACAAUAAGAAUACUAAUCAAAUCUCAAAUGUUAAUUUAAACGGAAUUACUGAUACAAAUUGCAAUACUUCACAGUAUAAUAAUCAUCCCAUUGUGGAUGAUGUACCUCAUCAAGUAGGAUUUUCUACACCACAAUUAUCUGCUCAACAACUUAUGGAAAAAGUAGUAGAUUCUGGAUUUUUCAAUCCUUCUCUAUUAGAAUUACCUCCUGAAUUAUCUUUAGACGUUUUUAAUAAUAUUGAAGAAAGUUUAUCAAAUAAUAAUUCAAACAAUAACCCACUCAAUAUGGUAACAUCAACUACUCCUGGACUUAAUAAUAUUAACUUUAAUCAGAAUAAUAAUGGAGAAAAUAAUAGUACCGCUAAUCACAAUUUAGAUUCUCUUGACACGAAUAUAUUUAAAAAUUCAUAUAAUUCUUUAUUCGAUUCAAACAAUAACGGCAAUAAUUUAUUGGGGAAUAAUUUAACGAAUAAUAUUAAUGAUGAUCCCUCUUUGAAUAUUAUAAAUACUACUGAAAUUGAUGAUAUUGAUCCUUUGCAAAAGCAAACACCAAUGACACCUUCUGCUUUCUUAAUGAAACCAAUGCCAAGCUUAAUGAACAUUUUUACAAUGGGUCCUACUUUAAGUGGGGAAGGCUAUACAAACAAUUUGAUGAAUUAUAAUAAUACAAAUACCAAUUUAGACUAUUUUAAUUAUAAAAAAUCAACUCCAAAUAAUUACACUACAAAUCAAAUCCAACCGACCACUAUUAAUACGGCUUCUAAUAAUUUAAACGAAGAAGAAGAAGAAGAUACUGAAAACCCUUUAGAAAUUAGUGUUCAUAGAAAUAAUAAACAGUUAGAAUAUACUAUAUCCCUUCCUAAUAAUGGUGUGGAUGAAUGUUCACCAAAAAAUACGGCAAAAAAUUCUACUUCAAAGAUUUCAUCUCAUAAAAUCCUAAAUACUUCUAAUAAACAAAAUCUUGAUGAUAAAAACAAUACCUUGGAUGAAAACCUACUAAACGAACCACAUGAUGAAGGUUGGCUCUUUGAUUUACUAUCAAAUCCAAUUCAUGACACUGAUUUCAAAGUUAAUUUCAAUCAUAUUGAUGAUAUUGGCUUUAUAAAUCCAAAUAAUACUCCUUCACAAACAUCCUCAAGACCUAAUUCCAUAUCGAUGUCACCUAGCUCAUUAAAUUCCCAUUUACAAAACUUGUCUUCCUCUAUACAUAAAACCAAUUCCAGUAUUAAUAAUUCAAAUACAAAUGUUGAUGCAAAUACACAGUUUAUUAACUACUACUCACCUCAUUCCACUUCUUCAAAUUUAGCGCCAUCAAAUGUUAACAACUCCGUAAAACCAGAAGUUCUGCGCGUUCAACAAAAUAUGAAUUCUGCACCAUCAAAUAGUGCACUUGUGAGCCCAACUUAUUUAUCUCCAUCUUCAAAUAUUCAAUCAUCAUCAUAUCCAAAUCUGAAUUCAUCAGAAUCUCCGAUAACUCAGCAACAGGCAUACGUUUCUCCAACUAUUUUAUCUGAUAAUCUUUCCAAUCCAAAUUCAUUGAGAGCUUCCCCUCAUCCUAUUAACAAUAAUCGACAACCAAGUAGAGCAACAAAUAUUGCUCAACAUGAACAAACUCAUUUACACAAACAGCUCCAUAAUUGCCAAUUAGCUCACAACCAAAUGCAAAAAUCCAAUAUAGAUAAUAGUAAAAAGGAUAAAAAAAUUCCCAAUAAAAUUACAACUAUAUCAUCACUUUUCACUUCAAGACAAAUCGACUUGUAUAACGAGGCUCAUCCAAAUAAUGUGACUAAGGGAGAUCCUACAAUGUCCAUUAAUCCAACUUCAGCACCAUCCACAAAUUCAGGUACUAACUCUAUGUUAAUUUCGGACUCUAUUCCUAAUGUAACAGGCAAUAAUUCAUCUAGUAAUAAUAUAUCUUCAAAUCAAAGUACUAAUGGAAUAAGUCCAAUACUUCCCUCUACUAUUCCAAAUAAUUCCAAAAAUCAUCUGAAAAAUAUCUAUUCAAAUAUUUCAACGGUAUCUUCUAAUUCUACUUCUUCAAGCUCAAAUUCUACUACUAUGGUAACAAAUGGAAAAAAUCUUCAAUUAUUUACCAGUGAAUUAAGAAAUCAAAUUAUUAUUCAAAUGAAUUUAGAAAACAAUGUUUUCCCUAAAUUGCAGGAAUUAAAUGAAUAUGUUGAUUUAUAUGUGGAAAAUUUUCAUAAAUAUUUUCCGUUCAUACAUUUAUAUUCAAUAAAACCUACAAUUGAGAAUGCAGCGUUGAUUUUAGCAAUUACAGCAAUCGGUGCCUUAUUUGGCUUCCAUUCAUCACAUGCUAUGUUACUAUCAAAUGUUGCUGCAUCGAAGAAAAGAAAACUUUUUGAAAAAUAUAAAAAUAAUCCAGAAGUGACCCCAUUAUGGGUCAUUCAAACAAUUAUUUUAUUGUCAUUCGUUAAUAUGUUUAGUAAUGACUUAAAUAUAACUAAGAAAACAUAUAGUCAAUUGAUGUCAUUGAUUGAAUUAGUAAAAUUAACCCAAAUCAAUCAGCCAUUAGAACUAUUUAAACAACCCCCAAUUGAAAGUGAUCAUCUAUUAGAUUUUGAGAAUAAACCCGAUCAAAUGGCAGAAUAUAGAGCCCAAUAUGUCACUCAAGAACAAAUCAAUAAGAACUAUGAAUAUUUUAUUGAAUCUCAAUCAAGAAUUAGAACAUGUCAUAUCUUAUUAUUAAUUUCUAAUUUAUUUACUUCUAUUGUUGGGUUCGAAUAUUGUUUCCAUUCAUUAGAUAUGAAAUGUGGUAUCCCAACCUAUUAUGAAAAUCUAUUUAAUUGUAUGAACUCGAAAGAAUGGAACAAUAUUUUAAUUUCUAAAAACAUUAAAUUAGAUUCCAAAUUUUCAUUGAUUGAACUUUCCAAUGGUGGAGAAAAUUAUGAAAAUUUUUUAACCUAUUUAGCUAUUGGAAAUGUUAUGAUAUAUGAAAAUAAUAAAAAGAUAUCAAAUAACGUGUUAUUAUCAUUACUAUUAUCCAUUCAUGAAAAAAUUUUCAUUGAAAGACAUAAGGAUGAUAAUACUAACAGUAAUUUUAUGUUACCGACAUAUACGAAAACUCCAGAAGAAGAUGUUGAUUGGAAAUUAAAUUCAAGGCCAAUUAUUGAAUCUGCGUUAAGAUCGUGGGAAUCAUUAUACUUGAAAAACGGUGGUAUAUUACAAAUCAAUGCUAACAAUAUACAUAAAUUUAGACAAGAUUUAUCAAUCCAAUUAAUUAUUCCAUUAUAUUUAUUGGCAAGGAUUCGUAAAUGUAUCGGUGUGUCACAAAUUAUGAGAUUUGUUUGGAUUAAAGAUUGGCAGCAUAUGAAUUUACGAUUGAAUAAUUUAAGUCAUGAGAUUGAUAAUUUAAAUGAAUCCACUAAGCAUGCCUUAGGUAUAGUUGAAUAUUGGAUUAACAGUGUUUCAAUUAAAAAUGAUGCUAGAUCAACUUCAAGAAGAACCCCAAUUUUUGCAAUUACGUGUAUUUUUAUUUCUAUUUUUAUUAUUUCUGAAAGAAUGAAAUAUUUAGAAGGGGGAUGUGUUAAUAACAAUAAUUUGAACUUGGAUAUCAGCAUCUCUGAUAAGAUAUUAUGGUUACAAUGUGAAAAAAUUUUUAAGAAAGUUGAAAGACAUUUAUUACCCAAGGGCUAUAACAAAGAAUCAUAUGCAGAAUUUUUAAGAAUACAAGCCCAAGGAGCGUUAGAUGUGGAAAUCUUAAAUGAUGAAAUUGCAGAAAGAGUUAUGAAAUCUAAUAAAGUUCCAAUUAAUGAUAUGAUCAAUGUUAUCAACAAAGCUAAAUUGUCAAGCAGAUGCUUAUACUUGGGUGUCAGAAUUCUGGGUGAUGCUCCAAUUUGGCCCAUUGCUGUAGUUUUUGCUCAAGCUCUACAAGUUAGGGCUAUAUACAAUCGUGAAAACCAUUAUAAUAUCUAA